AUGUCCGACAUUCAGAUCGAUGCUGUUACGUUUGAGAGAAGGCUUGCACGGUUGUUUGAUCACUACGAUAAACACAAGGAUACUCUCUAUGAGAAUUGUUCCGUAUUGCAAAUUUUUAUGGGCGGAGUCAAUGAAGAUGAGAAGAGCGAAUAUGUUUUACAUAAAUUAUUAUUGUUGUGGUUGAUUGGAUAUGAAUUCACCGAAACGAUUGUAUCCUUUGAACCAAAGACAAGAACCGUACACUUUUUCACAAGCCCAAAGAAAGUUAAAAUUUUGCAAGGACUUCCAAAUCCAUCAGAUAAGAUUAAAAUUAUGGAAAAAGACAAGAAGCGAACAAGCUCAGACUUUUUUGCUUCUCUUUCGCUAGGUGCACACACUUUGAUUGGUGUGAUUGAAGGAGAAAAGCAUACAGGCGCAUUAUCCAAAGAUUAUGCUGAUACAUUGAAGAAACACAAAACAGUAGACAUCAAAGUUGCUUUCUUAGAUUUACUUGCUAGCAAAGAAGCAGAAGAAGUCCAAAUCGUCAAGUCAUCAUGCCAAUAUACUUCUAAACUUUUUAAGAAAAUUGUCACAGAUAUGGAAGGUAUUAUUGAUGAAGGAAAAGAAAUUACACAUAUUGACUUUGCUAAGAAGAUCGAAGGUGUAGUAACCAAAGCUGCUGGAGACAUGGACUUAUCUUUGGCUUUCAAUCCAAUUAUUCAAUCAGGUGGUGGAUAUAACCUCAAGCUUGACUUUAAUGAUGGGACUGUGAAAUCUGAUGACCAUAUUCUCAAGUUUGACAAUAUUAUUUUAAUGUUUGGAUUGCGAUACAAAUCAUAUUGCUCUUUCGUUGCAAGAACGUAUUUCAUUGAUGCAAGUAGAGAAAAAGAAUUGGACUAUGAAAUUUUAUACUCUAUUUAUGAUUUCCUCGUCAAGAAGAAGAUUAGAGUUGGCGCAACUUUGGACAGUAUUUACAUUUCUGCUAGAGAAUUUUUGAGAAAGAAGAAACCUGAAUUGGUUCCUUACUUCUCCUCAAAAGUUGGUUUUGGUAUUGGAUUGCAACCUUGCUCUUCUACAUUGGAAAUAGCUGAAGGUAAUAACACAGAGAUUACAAAUAACAUGACUUUUGUCCUUCAACUAGGUUUAGAAAAUGUGCCAGAACCUAACCAUCCUCCCUACACCAUGUACAUUGCUGAUACUAUCGUUGUUUCCACCGAUGAUUAUGUCAAUGAAAAGAAUGCUGUCAAGGACGUUGAAUUUCAUGAAGAGUGCCAAAUCCUUACACGUGUUAAAAUUGAAUAUAGUCAAGUCUCAUAUUCUAUUCAAGAUGAAGAUGAAGUUGAAGAAGUGGAACCAGAAGAUAUUGACGAAAAGUUUGGACAACGUCAAAAACGUGGUGCUGCUAUUGCCAGCGGUUUAGUAAGAGGCAGCAAUGAAGCCACUGACUCCUCAGUAGUGACUGAAGAAGAGAGAAGAAAGAGACAAUUGGCAUUACUUCAAAAGAAGAGAGACGAAUAUGCUGGUAAUGAAGGUUCAUCAAGUAUGAGUGCCCGAAAAAAGAAACAAUCCAUUGAUGAAAAGUUUGCCAAUGGAGAUCUUUACAGCUACAAGGGUGUUGUACCAAAGAAUAUUGCUUUACCUAACAAUCAAAUCGUAGUGGACAAGAGAAAUCACACAGUCUUGUUACCAAUUAAUGGUUCUCACGUUCCAUUCCAUAUUGCCUCUAUUAAGAAUGUCAGCAAGACCGAUGAAGGAGAAUAUGUUCAUCUCAGAAUUAACUUUAACAACACCAAACAAAACUUUGGAAAAGUCUAUGAACCAGCCAAAAAGUUUAAAGAUCACGUAUUCAUCAAAGAAGUUUCCUAUCGUGCCAAGGACUCGAAGAGAUUGGAGAGCGCCAUGAGAGAAAUUUUAGAAUUAAGAAAACAAAUUGGGCAAGAAGAACGAGAUCGAGAAUUCAAUGAAAAGAAUAAGGAAGUUGAACAACCCAAACUAAAAUUAGUGAGUAAGGGACAAAAAGCUCCAAGACUUGCUGAUAUUUUCAUGAGACCACCAGGUAAAAAGCAAGUGGGUGUGAUUGAAGCUCAUGAAAAUGGUUUGAGAUUCUCAAGCAAUAAGGGUGCCAAGAUUGAUAUCAUGUAUUCCAAUAUCAAGCAUGCCUUCUUCCAAGAAGCAAAGAAUGAUAUUAUUGUUCUCAUUCACUUCCAUCUCAAGCAUCCUGUCAUGAUUGGUAAAAAGUCAUAUCAAGAUGUUCAAUUUUUCACAGAAGUUAUUGAAGAGUUUGAUCAUUUAGUUGGUAGACACAGACGACAAGCUGUCUCGGAAAGAGAGGCCAUUGAAGAGGAAGAAAGGGAACGUUUGUUGAAGAUCAAAUUGAAUAAGGAGUUUGCAAGUUUUGUUAAAAAAGUUGAAGAAAAAUCAGGACUUGAAUUUGAAAUUCCAUUCCGUAAUUUGGAAUUCUCAGGUGUGCCUUCUACUGGUCGAUCUAAUGUGAACCUUGUACCAACUGUGAAUUGCUUGGUCUCACUCUCAGAAAGUCCAUUCUUUGUGUUGACAAUGGAUGAAGUUGAAAUUGCUCACUUUGAAAGAAUCAAAUUUGGUUUAAAGAACUUUGAUCUUGUAUUUAUUAUGAAAGAUCUCACGACCUAUUACACCAUUACAUCAAUACCAAUUGAGAGAUUGGAAUCUAUCAAGGAUUGGCUCACUGACAGCAAUGUUCUCUACUUUGAAGGUGCUCAAUCGUUGAAAUGGGGUCCCAUCCUUAAAACGAUUCGUGAGGAACCCAAUUGGGAUCCAUACGGUGAAGCUGGUUGGAAUUCAUUCUUGAUGAUGAGUGGAGAAGAAGCUGACACAGAUGACGAGGAGGGUGAACAUGAAGAUGAAUAUGAACCCUCAUCUGGAGAAGAAGAACAAGAAGAUGAUGAAGAAGAUGAAGAAAUGUAUAUUGACUCUGACGAUGAUGAAGAUGAAGACUUUAGUGCUGAAGAAGAGGAAGAUGCUCCAACAUGGGAAGAAUUAGAAAAUGAAGCCAUGGAAGAAGACGCUCAAAAACGAGCACGAGAUGCUGAGAUUAGUGACGAUGAACAAGAGUAUCAUAAACCAAAGAAAAAUAAGAAGAAGAAAUAA